UGAUGAGGUUUAUCAAAAACCCGAACCUUAUAUGGUGGCACGGAGUAUGGGAAGCAAGAAAAAUGAAACUAUCAAUCAACUAUGGUUCAUUCGCAAAGUAGCUUGGCAACUAGUAAACACCCACCUCCCUCCUAUGUCCCCCCCAUAAGACUUGUUUGAAGCGGACCAUGCAUCCCCACCAUCUCUUGCUAGAAUUCUACGAGAAUAGUCAAAUUAUAAUAGUAUUUAAAAAAUAAAGGUAGUCUCCGACCACGGACAGCACUUACUAUCAACAAUACAGCAAUAGGUAUAUAUUGAGCUGCUAUGGUUCACAUGGCAGCUCCUAACCCGUGCUGUCUGGAAAUCAUUGAUUAGGCCGCGGGGAUAACCACUAGUGCUUCAGGAACGUCGUCGAACUCGGUUCCAAUAAUUCGGCGGCGACGGACACAACCAAGGCGCUCAACGUGGUCGUGGCCAGCUGGAACAAGGUCUUAGUAGGAGGCGGGGAAGUUGCUGUUGUUGGGUAGUUCUUGUUGUUUGGGUUUUGCUGUCGUUAGCUAAUCUUGUUGUCGAUUCUUGCCAUUCGUCACAUAAUUUCUUGGUUCACACACUGCAAUCAUACCUACUGCUCCGACUCCCUAUCAGAUAAUGCAUCUCGGAUCGGUGAUAUAACCAACACAGCCAAUGAAUCCACCGGGUCUAUGUUUUUUGUUAGGAGUGCAUAGUUACAAUACAGUAAGUUGCGUUGUGAGGUUUUAUACUGGCGAAGGCACGGACCCUCGCCGCCGCCCCCGCCGCCACCAGCCCACCACAGCAGGGACCCGUUUGAAUCGUUCCCAUUCUGCCACGCUGGACUUGGCCAUUUUGGCGAGAAAUGGGAGAGCUGCGGAAACCAGAGUUCAGCUAUGACCCGACAAGGGAAAUUACAGUACCCAUGGCCAUAGCUGGUCAAAGUGGGCUACCGGUAGUGUAAUAGGUGUAGUGCAGCAGAAUAGUCGCUCCCGGGCACGUGACAUUUCGUCAGGUGACAUAUUCAGUGGGAUUGUAAGCAAGGAGCUCAUUGUAAUUGAGAGAGGAAGUAGUAAUUGAGAGAGGAAGUAGUAAUUGACUGCUAUAUUUACUACUACAAUGAUUUACAGAGUACUUAUAUCUCUCCAAUUGAGGGAUAUAUGACGUGGCAUCCCUAGGUCGUGGCGGUUGUGAGGUCCGGCGCUCGGAGGAGCUCCCAUUUCUCGCUAAAAUGGCCAAGCUCUUCCCCGCAUUUUUUGGCAGGAACACGACGUCAAGCCAACGUUCCCACCUGCAUUCCUCGAUUGCAGACACACGUAGCUCAACAAAGCAACGCAUAAACUGAUGUGUUAUUUGUGUCGAUUUUGCAAAACUCACAGCUUUGCGAGAGAGUUGAAAUAGUACCCAAACUCAUCAUCCAUACAUCCCCCCAGGGCGCACCCCGCACCAUCGAAGCCGUACACAACCACAACCAUGGGCGACAACAGCGCCAGUUCCUCCGGCUCAGCCGACACAUCAGCCUCUGGCUAUGCCCAGCAUUCCGAGCAAGAAAUUAACGUCCUCAUUACCGGUUUCGGCCCUUUCAAAGCCCAAUACCACAUCAACCCCUCCUGGGAAAUCGCGCGCAACCUCCCCUCAACGCUGCGUCUCCCUCCCUCGCCCCGCGCGCCGGGAGGGACGAAGGUGAAUCUCCGCGUGCAUCCGCGCUCAAUCCGCGUCGCGUACGCAGUCGUAGAUGCUGUUGUGCCAGGACUGUGGGAGGGGGAAGACGGGUGGCGCCCUGAUUGGGGUGUGCACAUCGGGAUGGCAGCAGGGCGGGGAUUUUACUGUCUCGAGAAGCGGGCUGCGGGGUUCGGGUAUGCGGUGGGAGAUGUAGAGGGGUGUUUGCCUGACAAGGCGGGGGUGGAGGGGGAGGUGUUGGAGCCGGGGAUUGGGGUUGAUGAGGUGGUUGGGGUGUGGAAGGGGAGGGUUGGGGGGGCGGAUGUGAGGGCGUCGGAGGAUGCGGGGAGGUAUCUUUGUGAGUAUAUUUUGCAUGAGAGUUUGGGGGUUUUAAGGGGGGGGGAGAGGGAGGGGAAGUGUCUGUUUUUGCAUGUACCGGCUGGGGUGAAGGAGGUGGAUGUGGAGAGGGGGAGGAGGGUUGUGUUGGGGCUUGUGAAGGCGGUAGUGGAGGUUGGGUGGGAGGGGGGGAGGUGGGGCGGGGGGGUGAGAGUGACAAGGAAGCUGUGAAGGGGUUUGUGGGAGGGGGUUCGGUGAGAGAGAGGGUGGGCUUAUGAGUUGGGUUUGAUUAACCGUUGUGAAGGCAUCUACGUAAUAUAUCUGAGAGGAUGCAGCGCCUGGGUUUAUGAGAUGACAAUAUUACAACGCACUUUUCAUUUGCCAUUUCGUCAUUGACGAGACUACAAAUGGCUCCAUGAAGGAUUGGGUAAAUGAGGACGCGCGUACAUG